GCUGUAUAGCUUUCUCACGAUCACACUGAUUCGCUUUCAUUUGCUCCGGACGCUAUCCUCGACACCGACUUAUUCUGCCGCAAAAUCAAGAUGGGUAUCGACCUUACUGCCCACCACGUCAAGAAGGGUAAUCGUACCGCCCCGAAGAGCGAGGAUCCUUACCUUUUGUUGCUUGUCAAGCUAUAUCGCUUCUUGGCUCGCCGGACGGACUCAAGCUUCAACAAGGUCAUUCUUCAUCGUCUUUUCCUUUCUAAAAUAAAUCGCCCUCCGCUUUCGCUAUCCCGCAUUGUUCGAGAGACCUCCAAAACCCCCGAUCUUUCCUCAAAAGUCAUCGUUCAAGUCGGCACUGUCACAGAUGACAUUCGUUUGACUGAGGUUCCCAAACUCACGAUUGCUGCCUUGCGCUUCACCCGAUCAGCCAAGGAGCGCAUCCUGAAUGCAGGCGGUGAGAUCCUUACCCUCGAUCAGCUUGCUCUGAGAGCACCGACCGGUUCAAACACUGUUUUGCUUCGCGGGCAAAGGAACACUCGCGAGGCCGUCAAGCACUUUGGCAUGGGUCCUCACAAACACAAGAAGCCAUAUACGAUCUCCAAAGGUCGCAAAUUCGAACAAGCUCGUGGUCGCCGAAAGUCGCGUGGUUUCAAGGUGUAAGGAGCUCCCAAAAGUUGGGUUGGCCAAGCUGGGCAGGGGAUGGUGUUCACUAUAUGCAAUACAUAUGCCAUCGGUACCCUUUGUAUUCUCAAACAAAUACUUAUGUUACGCAGUAUGUUAUUACCCAUCUCGUAUGCUUAUACUGUGACUCUUCGGUGUCAAGCGGUAUGACGGUAGCUAGGACCCCAGAAUGGUCAGGCUUCUGAGUUUGGGCAAAAAAAUGAGUGCGGGAUUC